AUCCACGAAUACUAUUGGACACUAUGCACACUAGUCUGAUGUUUUUUUAAUUUCGCUGGUAGCUGUAGUACAUAUGUAGAGCUAAACUACGAACAUCUGCUUUUCAUGAUAUACUCUUCUUGUGUCAACGUUCAGCAAGACCUGGGCUUCUCUCGUUCAAGAAAGGCAGUUUUUGUUUUUGAAAUUUUUGAUUUUUGUGGUCAUUGUCUUCGUUGGAAAACGUAAGUUCUCUUCUGAAAUAUCAGUUAACAGAAGGAACUUAGCUACAAAGAUGCAAAGGUUUUCAAUCUUUAUUUUAUUCAUAUCUUGGCUGUUCCCUUUGAUAAUUUCUCAUGGGAGCUUGAGCUACUCUACCAUUCCUCCGUCUUUGACGUCAACCUCAGAAACAAAUGACAACAAUCAAGAAGCUUUCAAAACCAGUAGCACUACAAAAACCAACUCUACAAGUGGUUUAUACUUGGCAAGUACUCUUGGAAGCGCCAACUCUUCAAAUAUUCAUGCAACCCCAUCAGACGUUCAUGUCAACUCUUCAGCCAUUUAUCUUAAAUCUUCAACCAUUCAUCCUAAAUCUUCAACCAAUCAUUCCAAAUCUUCAACCAAUCAUUCCAAAUCUUCAACCAUUCAUCCUAAAUCUUCAACCAAUCAUUCCAAACCUUCAACCAAUCGUUCCAAACCUUCAACCAAUCAUUCCAAAACUUCAACCAUUCAUCCUAAAUCUUCAACCACUCAUUUUACAUCUUCAACUAUUCGUCCAACGUCAACAAACAGUUCAUAUAACUGGAAAGUUUUUCCCCCAUCCGUUAUCACCAUUUUCAUAUCACCUUCUUAUCCUACUUCUUCAAAACAUAAUCAACCAACUUCAUUUUCCUCUACAUCCUUUGAAUUUUCUAACAUUAUUUCGACUACGUCCUCCUACAUCGCCAAUUAUAAUACUUCAGCCAUUUCAAAGAGGAAGUACGCCGACAUCUCAGUAGCACUCAAUGCUAAAAAUGAUAGCAACUUUUUUAAAACUUCAACUGCCAUAAUGCAAUCAAAGUUAAAGUCCAAGAUGGGAUCCAGGUUGCCAUCCUCGAUAUAUACCACAACUAUCAUAAUGUCGUCGAUGAAUCCUUCAUUUGAAAUGUCAGAAUCAACGUCUCAAAGAUGGACACCUUUAGUAGUAGUAUCUUCAACAAAGUUUGAAGUUGGAUUGGAAACGCCAACAGUAACACUCAAUACUGAUGUUGAGAUUACUGAAAGUGUCGCCAACUCUGAUGUUAAAACAACCAAUACAAAAAUGUCGUCUGCUUUCGAAAGUUCAAUUAUCACCAGGGAUUCAAGUUUGAAGUCCAACAAGGGAUCAACGCCAACUUUGAUAAGUACAACGACCAUGUUGACGGCUCAAAACCGGACAACUUCAGCAGCUUGUUCUUGCUCUGAACUUAAAUAUCCUGAAGAUUGUGGAGAAAGAUGCUGCGCUGGUGGUUAUAUCAACGCCACUCCAGUUUGCAAUGUCAUGAAUUAUUCUGUUCCUUACAAUCAUUCGCUAUGCGAUAAGAAGUUACAAUCAGUGGAAUGUGGGAAGGCUAAGGAAUGUGUUUGCAAAGGGUCUCGUAUAUCACCAUUGUCGUACAUCUACGUGGUUUUCGUCGUUGUGUAUGCGAAGAUUGUAUAGCAAACGAGGUGACUAAACACGAAAAUUUCCUGGAAAAGUUUGCAUAAUCUUUAAAUGUAACUAAUAUGAAAUCGAACGCAAAGAUGUAAAAAGUUUUAAAGCAAGUAUUUUGAUAACGCUUUCUAAUAUCUUUCUAACAUCAUCUUUUCUUCAACUGUUUCUUGUAUGACUUUGUUAAGUUGAUUAACCAUUGAGUGAUCCAUGCCGUAUAUAACAUGAAGUAAUGCUCUUGUUUGUAACAAAGAUUCUAGGCCAUUGUCUAUGUUAUCCAGGUACAGCUGUAGCUUACCUAAAGCCAAUAAGUAAUUCGCUAUAAGUUAUUUAUUUAAUUUCUUGUUAUAUGUUAAUGUUAGAAAACCUAAAAAACAUAAAACAAAAAACGAUCUUUCCUUCAAGAUCAAAUUGUGUGUUGAACAUAGUGUAAUAUUUCAACGUAUUUUUACUUAUGUACCUAGCUAAUAAAUAUACGGAUAGUUA